AACAACGGUGCAACAAAAGCCCUCACUCACCUCACGAACCUCGACGUAGUUCGCAAACACACCCCAUUCAAAAUGUUCAAGCUCCUGGUUCUGCCCCUGUUCUUCGCCGCCGUCUCGGCCGGAUACCUCGGUGCCCCGCUCGCCUACUCGGCCCCGGCUUACUCGGCGGCCUACGCCCACGGCCCGGCCUACGCCCACGCCCCGCUGGCCUACGCCCACGGCCCGGCCUACGCUCAUGCGUACGCGUCCCCGGUCGUCAAGACGGUCGCUGCCCCGGUUGCUUACGCCCCGGCCCUCCACCAUGCCCCGCUCGUUAAGGCCGUCGCUCCGGUUGCCACCAGCUACGCCAACACCUACAAGGUCUCCGUGAAGGCCCCGGUUGCCUACGCCGCCCCGGCCGUCGUGUCGCACGCCCCUCUCGCUUACGCCGCCCCAGCUUACGCCGCUCCGGCUUACGCCGCCCCGGCCUACGCUCACCACGCUCCUCUGGCCUACGCUCACGGAUACUACCACUAAGCAGGGGGGGAGCUGCCGUUUCGGGACGGGUCAAAGACACAGGGGGAGACUCGGGAGCCCGAUGGAGGCCGCCCGCCGGCCCGCCGUGAUCCCGCCGUGAUCCUGCCGCGAUCGAAGCGUGCGACCAAGGCGCCCAGGGCCCUCCUUCACCGUGCGUUCCCUGUCACUGCCUGUCUUCUUGCCAUUAGUUAACGCGCUGCAUUCCGUUCGCACAGAAACAUAACAACCCAGCAACACAAACCCUUGUCUCGAGCCACCCCAUCUUGACUGCCGUUAGUCGACCGACCGACCGACCGUUCGGUCGCAACAUUUUGAGAUUAGAUUCGAGCUCCGCCCUCCGGUGCUCCGGUGUGCUGCGGCGAAUUGCCACCCUUUGCAACAACACAUCCUUCGGGCACAGUGUCAAAUCCAACCGAAACGAAACGAGUCCAACCGUCGUGUGUACAUAUGAUGUAAAUUCACUGUAUUUAUUACGGAAUAAACUACAA